GGAGGGACUCCAACGACAAGUCUGGGGCGCUGCUGUGCUACUUACAAGGCUGCACCAGCGCAACGUUUUAAUCCUAAAUACUGGAUUCGGUGCUUGUUGUUUAUUUUUUUUACUUAAGUAACCCAUAGUCCCACUGCAAAGCAUCGUGGCUUUUAUUUUUAGUGAACAGCGCGUUCUGCCCGGCUCGGCUCGGCCUGCACGCUGUGCAUGUGCAGAGGGAAAAGCCUGUAGCGCAGGCUAAUGGCAGUCGGGUUCAUUACUGUGACAAGCGUACGUCAAGCUGCCCGUGAACUUUGUCACAUUUCGGAGUCAUGUCCAGCCUGCUGUUGGGGAGAAACGGCAGGAGAGCGAUAUCGGUAAUCGGCGGGGGGCGCAGAGGCACCGACGCACUUUCAGGAGUUCAUCUGACUGCACGGCGCUUUAUCAUAGAUAUGUCCUACUCAGCGCACUUCAUGGAUUUUAGAGGUUCCUCCAUACCGAGCAGCAUGAAAAAGCUGGUCGUAAACAAGCUUAGUCCUCAUUUCAGAGAAGCCGUUUCUAUGCAAACCGUUGCGGUUCCGACACCCGGAGACGCGGACUUGCUCGUCAGAAAUCGUUUUGUGGGAAUCAACGCCUCUGAUAUUAAUUACUCGGCAGGACGUUAUGACCCCUCUGUGAAGCCCCCCUUCGACGCCGGUUUCGAGGGUAUUGGUGAGGUUGUUGGCCUUGGCCUUAGCGCCAGCUCUCGUUACACCGUUGGGGACACUGUGGCCUACUUCGGCAGCGGAGCAUUUGCUGAGUACACGGUAGUGCCAGCAAAGGAAAGUGUGCCUGUCCCAGCCGUGAAGCCAGAGUUCCUCACCCUGCUGGUCAGCGGUGCCACAGCCUACAUCGCCUUGAAACGUCUGGGUGACCUGGCCAAAGGUGAGACGGUCCUGGUCACGGCGGCUGCUGGAGGAACAGGACAGUUUGCUGUGCAGUUUGCCAAACAGGCCGGUUGUCACGUGAUUGGGACCUGUUCGUCCAACGAGAAGGCUGGCUUCCUAAAAUCCAUCGGCUGUGACCGACCGAUCAUCUACACAGCAGAAGACCUGGCGCAGACCCUGAGGAAGGAGUACCCGCAAGGCAUAGACGUGGUGUAUGAGUCAGUUGGAGGCAGCGUCUUAGAAGUCGCAGUGAACAGCUUGGCCAAUAAGGGCCGGCUGAUCGUGAUCGGCUUCAUCUCAGGUUACCAGAGCGCAUCAGGCAUCCCGCCCUUCAGAGGAGGAACACUACCAGUCAAGCUGCUCCAGAAGUCGGCCAGCGUUCGGGGUUUCUUCCUGCCCCACUUCAUCAGUGACUACAGGGAGGCUCUAGGUAGCAUGAUGCAGAUGUUUGCCAAGGGGAAGCUUGUGUGUGAGGUGGAUGGUGGGGAUUUGGCAGAGGAGGGGCGAUUCGUCGGCUUGGAGUCAGUCUUCCGGGCUGUGGACUACAUGUAUUCUGGGAAAAACCUUGGCAAAGUGGUGGUGGAUGUGGCACCACCCUCUGUUAGCAAUAGCAAGCUGUGAUUUAACUGAUUGUUAAUGCACUAAAAACUCAUACUUGAACUCAAAUGAUUGCUAAGGCAAAAAUGUACAUUUGUAGGGCUUUGAUUUCAAUAAAAUAAUACGAUUAUUUUUGUAAGAUGACUGAUAAUAGGUAAAGAGUAAGUAAGCAAAUAUGAGUAAAGAUACACAAUGCUUUAAUGAAUAAACAUAAUUUGCAACUU